AUGAUAUCUCAGUUAGAAUCUUUUCUGGAAGGAAAAAAAGGCGUGCUUCAAAUCCUUAGUGACGAAGAAUCAGGAAUGGUUACCCUGCUACACGAUCUACCGGAUUUUCUCAUUCUCAAGAUAUUCUCUUUUCUUCGCAUCAGACAGCGACUAUACCUAAGGCGAGUGUCAAAAACGUGGUUCCAACUACUUUAUGAUUUUAGUAUCUGGAAAAGUAUCAAUAUGAAUGAGGAAUUUUGUCUUUCAAGUUACGCCAAUAAGGAGAUACUGAAAAGAUGGAUAAACGACUUCGGUAGAACGCUACAGGGUCUUGAUUUGAACAGCACGGAUUGGAUCACCGAUAAUGAAGUUAAACAAGUAGCGCGUGCUCGUUUUAACCUGAGGAAGUUUGGCGUCAGAGCCUGUUCAAAAGUCAGUGAUGAUGGGAUCCUGGAAAUAGCGCACAAUUGCUCUAAACUAGAAAAAAUCGACGUCUUCCUGACUAGGGUUUCUAGCGAGGGCUUUGAAGAAAUCGUGCGCAGUUGCCCGAGAAUAAAAAAUGCAAAGCUUGGCAGCCAUGGCAACACCCAUAGAAUGUUAGCUUCAGUCUGCGAGUAUAGUUCGAGAAUUACACAGCUCUCAAUUCAUGACGUCGUUCCUUACAGCGCCAAUGAACCAACAGUUGACGAUACACUUGUCACUAGGAUGGCACUUAAAUUCCCGGGAAUUGAGCGUUUAAGCUUUAUCUGGUGUUGCUUCAUUACUGACGUGUCACUGGUGGCCUUGGCAAAUGGCUGUCCUUCCCUUCGGGGGCUUAAACUUCGCGAGUGCCAACAGAUAUCCGACAAUGGCUYGAAAGAAAUACUAAAAAAAUGCGCGCAGCUUGAAUUUCUUUGCCUUGAGAGACUCUACACAGUAACAGAUAUGCUUUUCCAAACCCAUCUUGGCGAGGGCUUGAAGUUCUCAAACAUUCGUAAACUUCAAAUAUUUGACACAAAAAUAACCGAUGUUGGGAUAGAAAAGUUGGUUGAACACUGCCCUCAACUACGCGACUUUUCGUUUGGCGAGUACAGUUUUCACCCGAAGUAUAUCAAAGGUACAUGCGUAGCAAAUGUUGCGCGUAGCUGUAAAAAACUCAAAUCCCUACACGUCUUCUGUGAAGAAGUCAACGACGACAGCUUAUUCGCAAUAGGUGAAUCUUUGAGACAUAAAUGA